GGGCUCGGUUAAGGGUCACAUUCAGGGUUGUGCGGGGAAUAAGGAAACCCAGCCCCCGAGAGAGGGACCUGGAACAGUCUAGAUCUACCCGCGAUAUCAGCCUUGUACUCCAGGCUGAAUUGUCAGGGACGGACCUCCUUCUUCCUAAGGGGACCCAGAGGGGAGAGCCAGCGCCCUGUUUUGAGGGCUGAGCGUCCCCCGAAAGGAGGGGAGAGGACCCGGCCUGAGUUAGGAGGGGCUGUUGGGGAUUGAGGAAGCCCCGGCCCAGAAAGAAGGCCCAGAACAUUCUAGAAAAGCCUCGGGUCCCUGCUCCUGUUCGUGCUGUGACGAAUUCUCAGUUCAACAGAUUUAAGACAUGGGAAACUGCACCUGCUGUCAGGCUGGGGUGGCCAGUGACAGGACUGAGAGGAAGAGUCACCCCAAACACACCACCAGCUUCCACCUCUGGGGUGACAGAGAGACAGUGUCCUUGGAUUCCAAGGUGCAUGCACAGGGAGAGCACGCCUUGGUGGGCAGUGGGUCACCAGGUCAGCAGAGCCACGCCUGGUCAGCAGAGGGAGAAAGCCAGGACCUGCCAGCAAUCAAGGUUCUUGAAUCCCCAUCACUGAGCUCCAACUGGAGGUCCCAUACCAUCAUGUCUGGAUCGCCAAAGCACUCUCGACUUGAAGAAGAUUCUGAGGGCCAAAGCACCAUAAAGGAGGUUUCUAUUGCUGAAAUGCCGGAUCCUUCUCAGUAUCCUGAGGGAGGCUCCUCUCUUCCCAGUGCCAUGGAUGCCACCCCACCAAGCCAAUCCCAUGGGGGCUCCAGCAGCAAACAAGAGGGUUCCAACACUGAGUCCUUGAUUAGUGAUGCUGUAGAUAGUAAGCUGGCUGCAUUGAUCCAGUUCCUGUCAUCAAAGUAUCUAACGGAGGAGCCAAGCACCAUGGCAGAAAUGAAGCUGGUUGUCACUAGAGAGUACAAGGAGCACUUCCCUGUGAUCUUCAGGGAAGCCACUCAGAGCAUGCAGCUGGUCUUUGGCAUUGAUGUAAAGAAAGUGCAACCUUCCAGCUCCUUCUAUAUUCUUGUCCCUGUCUUGGGCCUCACCUAUGAUGGGAUGGAGAGUAAUGCCAAGGGCUAUCCCAGGACCAUCCUCCUGAUAAUCAUCCUGGGUUUCAUCUACCUGCAGGGCAGCUCUGCCAGGGAGGAGGCCAUCUGGGAAGCACUGAGUGAGAUAGGGGUGUGUCCUGGGAGUGACCACAUCAUCUUUGGGGAGCCCAGGAAGUUUCUCACCGCAGACUUGGUGCAGGAACAGUACCUAUUGUGUCUGGAGGUACCCAACAGUGAUCCUCCUCAAUAUAACUUCCUGUGGGGCCCAAGGGCCCAUGCUGAAACCAAUGAGAAGGAAGUCCUUGAAUUUUGGGGCAGGCUCAAAGCUACCACCCUCAGGGCCUUUCCUAUCAAUGAUGAAGAGGGUUCAGAAGAUGAAGACUAGAGCGGCCCAGGGCCACUGGAGGAGUGAUUACUAGGGACAGGACACAUUCCAGGGCUGCAUUCAGCAGCUUCUGACCUAUGUUAUUUCUGAGGCAGAUUCUAAACUCUGCAUGAAAAGAGCAGUCAAUUUUCUAAAUAGUGCCAAUGUAGAAUGGGGAUUUGUUAAGUUCAGUACAUAAUCUUUGCAUUUCUCUUCUAUGUGAAUGAGUUGAUUUUUUUCUUUUUGAAAUUUUUUCCCAUGUUCUCCCUUUUAAUAAAGAUUUAAUUAUCUUCAAAUUGUAAACUUUCAAUGGCAUUGGGCACAAACAUUGCUGUUUAUAACGUUUUUAAGAGUUUUGCUGUUUUGUAAAACAAACUGUAAAGUCUUCCAUCCUAUUUUGUGAUCUGGAACAAGAUAAUUUCUCGUUGGAAUAAAAGCUUUCUUGGAAA